UGCACCUGACUUACCCCUAGGCCUGCAGUGUAACUUCCAAAGACUGGCCUGUAUUUUCAAGGCCACAGCACCUGAGACAAACCAACCUGUAGCGUCAACCCCAGGGAACUCUUGGAACAUCCUGGUGGGCACUCCUCAGAGAAGGAAAAGACCCCCUGCUUUACAACCACAGCAGUGUUGCAGAAGAUGGAUCACAUGUCUCCCAGACUGAGAGCCUUCCUCUCUGAACCCAUCGGGGAAAAGGAUGUUGCCUGGGUAGAUGGGGUCAGCCAUGAACUUGCAAUCAAUUUGGUCACCAAAGGUUUCAACAAGGCCUACAUCCUACUGGGACAGUUCCUUCUGAUGCAUAAGAAUGAAGCUGAGUUCCAGAAGUGGCUCAUUUGCUGUUGUGGUGCUACUGAGUGUGAGGCAAAGGAGAGCUCUAACUGUCUGAAGGAAUGGUGUGCCUGCUUCCUGUAAACACCCCUCCUCGCUCUGCUGCCUGUAUAAAUGGACUUGUGCUGUA